GCCAGGAUGCGCUAGUCAGCUGACUCCGUUUCAGUGGGUGUUUGACCGGAGCAUGUGCAGACACUCUAUACGGACCGACCGUCCCCAUCUCACCGCGCAGGGAACUAAUCGAAGCCGGGGAUCUGCGGCCUUUAUGGUCUAAUUUGGGGACAAAUGGUAUGGUAUGGGUUUGGAUACAGAGGCUUCGGGCAGCUCGGGGAAGGGGAGGACCCCAGUGUAAGGCUUCCAGAACCAGUGACCAUCCCAGGAACACGUGUAGAGAGUAAAGACAUUACUAAAGCAAUCCCCUCCUGGAGCUACACAGCCUUCCUGACAGGUGAGACAGACUGGGCCUAUUAUAUCCCCCAUCUAUAAAGCAGCAAGAUAAAUAGCUAUUAUUACACCAUGGGGCACUUACCUGCCAUUAUCAUUGCCAUAUCCACUAUCAUUGACUGGACACUCUCUUUAUGUUUAUGGGCAUGGCAUGAAAAGUGCUGCCCUGCUGUAUGUAGCCUGUAUAUGCUGUAUGUAGCCUGUAUAUGCUGCAUGACUUCUCAUAGAUUAAUCACUUGGGAGGACAUGUAUAAAAUCUGUCAUGUUCUGACAAGUGGUUUAAAGUACAAAAAGUGGAGUUGUCAUUAUGGAAACCAAUAGAACCAGCAGGCACCACCUUUCCAUGUUUGCACCACUUUUCCGAACACAGCACCUUUUUUGUACAUAACCUCCGUUAUUUCUCACACGCUACAACUUAGGCAACCUGUUUUGUUUUCUGUUAAUCAAUUACGAAUGACCUGGCUGGGAACACAUCCUUAUAUCUGCUAUCCCUAGCAAUAGUACACCUGUAAAGGUAAUUAUUGUUAUUCGAGUAUGAAAAAUAAAUUUUACAACUGUGUAUCUGAUAUGACCUUUGAGGUCAUCUAUAACAUACAUUUGAGAGGUAAUGUGUUUGUACCUCUCUGUUGUUGAGAGUAUUUAAACUGGGGAGACGGAAAGGUUCUCUACGAUGCAGUUUGCCUAAAGUAAUAAAAAAUAUAAAAUUGGUCGGAAUUCUCAGAUAGAAAGAUGCUGCUGGUGACUUCCAUAGUAUUCUUGGGAGUGGAAACUAAAUAAAAUGUUUUAUUUAUGUUAUAAGUGUGCUGUUUGGGAGGUUUUGUUUUUUUCUUCUGAAACUUUGGCUCAUUUUAGGAUCCUGGAUCCCUACAUGGAAAGAGAUUAUAAUUUUUAAUUAGCCCGGGGGCCAGUGCAACAAUCCAUACACAUCCACCUGUACAGUACAUACUUUAGCUUCUCUUAUUCUCUGGUUGGACUUGGUUUUGUUAAACUCACUUGUUCUGUAUCUGCUAAUAGUCAUUUUGUGUCUUUGUUUAGGUGAUGGCUCCAUUCUGCUCUCAGGGUUUAUUAAAGCAUUUCCCGGGCAGUAUCUCCACUCCCAUGGCCUGGGAUGUCUUGAUGUUUUGACUUCAGAGAAGUACCUGAUGGUGCUCUUCAAAGACCGUGUUGAAUGUUGGGGAACCAACUCACUGGGUCCAGAAGAUGCUCUACCAGAGGCCUUGUGGAAAAUGGAUCUGCCUAAUGGACACAAAGCUGGUAAUCCCAACUUUAUGGUGUGAACAUUAACAAGCAGGUGCAGUAUCCACACUGACUUUGAAAUGUAAUAAUAACUCUUCUAGGGACACUUGUGAUAUAUAUUUAGAUUAUAGAUUAUAAGCGCUACGGAAUCUGUUGGCGCUAUAUAAAUGGCAAUAAUAAUAAAAUAAGAUAUUUUAUAUAUUUAUAAUAGCAUAUACACAUACAUACAUACACAUACACACACAUAUGUAGAGCCUAAAUGGACACUCUAAGCUUCAUAACCACAAUAGCAUGCUGUUGUGAUGGUAUAAGAAGUGUUACCCCCUCCCACACGCACAAAUUGUCUUCUUGCCUGCGGUCUGCUGGCACCACUCCCCAUCUCUAUUACAUCCUAUGGAGAGCUGGAAACUCCUAGGAAGGAGCUUCUGUUGGCUCUCCUGAGCUAAGCCCCGCAGUACUGAUUGCUCUUAGUCAAUUAGCUUAGCCCUGCACUACAAGUGUAGCUCAGGUGGGGAACGUCCUGCUCUCCAAAUAAGUAGUUGAGUAAUGGUGCAGAGCCCAGCACACCAUAGGUAAGAAAUAAAAUCAUUCUAAAACAUACAAAGUAUGAUAUUUACAACGUAAAACUUUAAGUCCUACACUACCAUAGAGGCCUUAAAUGUUACCACUGCAAGCUUAGCGAGCCCAUGGCAAACUCACCAGCUGUGAAUUGCUACUCAGUAGGGCUACUUUUUCACUCGCUAAUUGCGAGUGGAGAUUUUGAGCCCAAUCUAUUUUCUAUAGCACUGCUAAGCUUGUCCUUUAAAUAGCAGUUUAUGAGCACAGCAGAGGUAUCGGUAAGUUCUACUUCAGCUGUUUGUUUUGUAUAAAAUAUUGCAGACUGCUAAACUGAAACCUGUCGUACGUGUAUUUAGAGUAAGAUGGGAUACACUUCAUGUUGAGAAAGAGUCGACCGAUUAAGAAAUUAAAAUGAAAAUACCAAAAAUCUAUUAUAAAAUUGUUACUAUUGUAAUUAUUUUGAGUGCUGUUAUAAUUUUGAUUAUUAUUUUUUAUUUUUUUUUAGCUUUUCCUUUGGUAGAUAAUGGAUAUAUUCUCCCCCAACCCCCAUUUUUUCGUGAGCUUCCGCCUAAAGUCCAAGCUCUCAAGUUGUCUUUAGGAAAUGAGCAUGCUGUUCUACUGACAUCAGACCACACGGUGCUCACAUGGGGAGCUGGGAGGUAAGAUUCUCACCUGUUAAUGGACUUUCUCAAUGUAUGUGAUGCAGGAGUCCUAUUGAGAUCAUACAGUUGUUUCUGCUACACUAUUGCCAUAAUUCACUUUUUUCUAAGGAUACUUAUAGAAAAUGAAUCUUGCAGAGAUGCCUUAAAAUCACUGCUUUCCUGUGAGAAUCAUUUUUUAUGCACCCUAUUACUAUGGCAGGGAUUAAAAAUAGGCUUGGAAUCUAAGAGCCAGCAAAAAAAGUUAGGAGCCAGGUUUUUCAAUAUCAAAAAUACAAUUCAGAAAGGGACCGUAUAGUCACCAGAACCACUACAGCUUAAUGUAGUUGUUCUCGUGUCUAUAACCUGUCCCUCCACACUUUUCAAUGUAAAACUGCUUUUUCAGAGAAAAGGCAGUAUUUACAUUGUUGUCUAGCAACACUUCUAGUAGAGGUCACUCAGACGGCCUCUAGACUGCAUUCCGGGUCACUGCUUCACAGUACGCAGCUCCUACAGUUAGCGUCUCUACGCUCUGAAUGUUCCCCAUAGAGGUGCAUUCAUUCAAUGAAUCUCUACGAGGAGAUGCUGAUUGGUGCUCUCUGACACGCGCGCGCGCGCUCUCUGACACACACACACACACACACACUCACUGUCACUUCAAUAACAACACCAUCCAAUGUCCCUACGUGGAGCUGGAGUGGUUCGGCUUUCCCUGGGGUCCAAUGGGUCUUCAGUCAUCUCCCUGCUCUGCUCCAUAGAGCGCUGUUUAGUUAUGCCAGGGCCGGAAUGACGUUCUAUUCCGGCACCUGGCAUCAUAUAAGGAUGCGCGAAGGAGCAGAGCAGGGAGAUUAUAGCUCCCUCGCUUGCUUACCAAUCUGCCUCAAUCCUCCUGCACGUGUGCACACCCUACGCUCUCUGGCUGGCUGGCUGGCUGGCUGGCUGUUCAAAGAAGAAAAUUUUAUAACUAAAUGUUAAAAUACAGUUAACUUUACUGCCCAUUUAAAUCUAAUUAAAAUGAUGAGAAUGUUUGUUUUUCUUUAAUAUCUCAAUGCAACAUGCAAACAAUACAAAUAUAUGAAAACCUAAUGGUAACAUACGUAUUUGUUUUGUUCACUGAGGCAUGGACAACUUGGACACGGAGAUGUAGAAGAUGUGUUGGAACCUCGAGUUGUGGAAGCUUUGCAUGGUCUGUUGAUGAGAGAGGUGGCAGCAGGGGGUUGGCAUACUGCCUGUAUCGGUGGUAAGUAUAGCAUCAGAUAACAUACCUUUGAACAUCAUGCUAACAGUUAUUGUGCACAUCACAACAUUUUACAUUGUUGGCAAAAACUGACAUAACUGAGAAUGAUAAAAGUAACAUGCAAAUCAUCCACAUAAUAAAGGGCUAAGAAGCACUACUCAUAAUGAAAUGAAGCCACAAGCUAUAAAUCUGACAUCCUAUGCAGGGUUUACUAUUACACACGGUGCAGGUCUGCAUCUGUGGUCAUUUGAACUUAAACAUAUAGUAUAUACUGGGCUUAAUGUUCCUUAAUGUGGCGAACAUAAAUGACCAUUGGACGCAGUCAAACGCCUUCACGGGAUCGGUGGAGAGCAGUAGAAGCGGUUGUCGCGAAUGCUUUGCUCGAUGUUGGAUUGCGAACAGGCGUAGUGUGCCUCUCCGAGCUUCUCGUCCCGGUAUGAAUCCUGUCUGGUCUACGUGGAUCAGGGACGGCAACAGAGUUUGUAGUCUGGUGGCCAGAACUUUCGUGAACAGUUUAGUGUCCACGUUCAAGAGUGAUAUCAGGCGGUAGCUACCACAUGACAUCGGGUCCUUUCCAGGCUUUGGGAUGACUGUUAUGGUGGCAGCCAGCGAUUCUGCUCCGAAUUGUCCUCCGUCCACUAUCGUGUUAACCGCCUUCGCCAACCAAGGUAGGAGUGUCCCUGAGAAAUUUUUGUAGUAUCCCGUGAAGAAUCCAUCGGGGCCCGGUGCCUUGCCGGCCUUGGUCGAUUUCAAUGCUGCUGCUAGUUCUUUCUCCGUUAUUGGGGCUUCCAGUGCUGCCACCGUGUCCGCUUGUAGCCGUUUCAGGUCCGAGUUUUGCAGGUAGUCCUGUAUCCCAGGUUCCUCCAUGUCUGCUGGGCCGGGUCCAUCCUGUGUCCUCAGGUUGUAGAGCGAGCUGUAGAAUGCUCUGAACUCCUCAGAGAUGUCGGUCGGGAACGUGGACGCGGAGCCGGACAAGAGACGGAGUUUGCUGACCUGCGAGCGAGGUGCGUUUCCUUUCAGUAAUCGUCAAGAAAUUUCCCCCUUUUAUUGGCGUGGGCGUAAAAGAAGCCUUUGGAGUGUUGUAGAGAGCGUAGGUACCGCCAUGUUAAAAGCUCUUUAAGUUGCCUCCCAGUGUGCAUCAGUUCUUCGUAGGUUGCUAUGAGCUGAGAUCUCUUGAGUUGCGCUUCUAGUUCUGUGAUUCAUUUGUAAAGGUCGGCCAUCUCUCGUUGUGUCUCCUUUUUUUGGGGUGUUUGUUAGCAGUAAUUCUUAAAGUUCUCAGUACUUGUAUUCUUAAAUUGCCAUGUGUGUCAAAAAAAAAUCACCAAUUAUUAUUUUUAACGCAUCCUUUUAUCUCAGCUACACUUAGAAUUUGGCAUGCCUUAACUCCCAAAUUAGAGCUCUCAUCCUUCCUGUCCCCGCUCCAUCUACUGGUACAUUACCCAGCAUUCCCCCUUGGCCUUAAAACAGCUGUAUACUCUGACUUCUUGGGACAUAUCAUACCCCAAGUCCAAAUAUCUUAUUGAGAAUAGCAAAAUUAAGACCUUAUCUAUUCUACUAGGGGACUCCCAGAUCACCUUUAUGCAAAAUUCUGGUAUAAACAAUUUAUCACUAUUUCAUUUAAUAACCUACAACACCACCCCCAACUCCUGAGGGACCUGAUCUCCUUUUAAAGCCUAUGCUCAACAUCUGAACCUUUGGAACAUAGAGUAGCAUUCUUCUAGGCAACUCUUCAGAACCAGGAGAAGGAGCCUCAAGGGCCAUGGCUCCCUCUACAUCAUGCAGUGCCCCCACUUGCGCCUGCCCCCCACCCCCCAACUGAAAUUGAAGUCGGGAGUCUUCCUUCACAAGCUGCAGCAGCAGCAGUGCUGUCAGUUCCCACUUGCCUGAUGGACCGUGCGGCAGUGCACAGAGGUGGAAGUUCCCACGGCCAAAGGGGGCACUGUGCCUGGAUUACUUCUGCCUAGGUCAUAGAGAGCAGUGCAGGGGGGGUACAGGGAGAUGAAAUUCAGUUCUGCACAGAGGCAUCCAGGCAGCUGCUGGUAAGUGUGAGGCAGUGUGUGUGUGCUUCAGUCUGUGUGUGUGUGUGGGGGGGAGGGGGUGUUCAGUCUGUGUGUGUGUAAGAGGCAGAACAGUCUGUGUGUGGGGAGGCAGUCAGUGUGUGUAUGGGUCACUCUGUGUGGGGGGGCAGUCUAUGUGUGUCUGUGGGGGGGGCAGUAUGUGUGUCUGGCUCAGUCUGUGUGUGUGUGUGUAUGUAUGGGGGGGUCAGUCGGUGUGUAUGGUUCGGUCUGUUUGUUUAUGGGGGCUCAGUCUGUGUGUGUAUGUGCAUGGGUCAGUCUAUGUGGGGGCAAUUUGUGUGUAUGGGUCAGUCUGUGUGUGUGUGUGAGUGUGGAUCAGUCUGUGUGUGUGGGGGGGUCGGUCUGUGGGUUUGUGUGGGUCAUUCUUUCUGGGGGGGGGAGGGGGUUGGUCUGUGGGUUUGUGUGGGUCAGUCUGUGUAAGUGCUUGAGCUCCAAAAGAGAUGCCUCUCAUCUUGUGACCUCCCCUAUAGAUAGGCAUCCUUCUCAACCACCACGGAUCUGAUGGUGCCAACCCUCCGUGCAAUGGUAAAGUAAGAUCAAGGAAAGGGGAAUAUUCCUUUUUUUUUUUUUUUAAAUAAAACAAAAUUAUUAAAGUUAAAAUUGUAAAGCCCUUCCCUAUCCCACUCUCUACACCCCUCACAUACUUUACACUCCCACCAACACAGAGUACAUCUUUGCACACACACAGUGCACCCCUCACACACUAAAUCCCACACAUCAUCUCUUCACCCACAUACACACAUUAUCCCCACAAACAUUCACAUCCCCACACACACAUACAUACUUUACCCCUGUACACACCGAAUCUAAUAUAAAUACAUAUAUAUAUACACACACACACACCGUGUUUCCCCGAAAAUAAGACAUACCCAUAAAAUAAGCCGUAGCAGGAUUUCUAAGCAUUUGCGCAAUAUAUGCCAUACCCCGAAAAUAAGACAUAGUGAUAGGCGUGGCUAUUCAGCGGAGUGGUAAAGAAGAUGGGCAGCCCUUCUCAUCUGCUCCAUCGUGACAGCUGCUAUCUCGGAGGUGACCGGAGAGGUGCGGGCAGCCCCAUCAACAAGGUCGGCUCCCUCUGUCAGGUCCCGGUCAUUCUGUGCGUGCUGCAAGCUGAGGCAUAGAGGGAGACAUCGAAAGUGAAAGUAAAAGUCUCCUCAGUGAAGUGAGGAGCAGGACGCUCUGCUUUAGGUAUUGUGUGUCCUCAGAGGGAAGAAGUAAAGCUGUGGCUGCCGUUUUACUCAGCACUGUGGGUCUCUCUCCCCCAGCACUGACCAGCAACAGUAUGUUGUACCAUACUUCAUAAAUAUAAGACAUCCCCUGAAAAAAAGCCAUAGUGUGUCUUCUUGAGGAAAAAUAAAUAUAAGACCGUGUCUUAUUUUCAAGGAAACACAGGUGUGUGUGUGUGUGUGUAUGUAUGUGUGUGUAUAUAUAUAUAUAUAUAUAUAUAUAUAUAUAUAUAUAUAUAUAUAUAUAUAUAUAUACAUACAUACAUACUGCAGCCCCUAGGUGCACACGCACACACUUUGCAGGCCCUUUCAGCACACACACAAUCUCAAUAGAUCCUAUACAUGAGCACAUGCUCACACUACAUGAGUUACAUGUAGUACACCAUAAACAGACUCCUCUAUACACACACUUCAAAUUAUCUUGCAUCUCCUGAAAAGGUUUUCCAGUUUUCGUGAAAAGGUGUCUUGCCUGUAAUAAGGAAGGCACAACGGUGGAAAUACAUGCAGUGCUGGUGUUGCGGUUACAGCGGGCCCAUCGAGUGGCCCGUGCACUUAGGGUUACCCGAUGGGCAUGUGUCUUCAGGGGCCCAAAACAAUUAUUGCACCAGGGCCCUCUCUACAUUCAUUCCGCCACUGUGCAGCAGCUUUCCCGGCACACAAACUCUGCCCCGGCAUAAAAGAUUGCCUUCCCGUAUGCAAACUCUGCCCCUACAUGGAAGUUAUGCCCCCACUCUCCAGCAGUGGACUUUGCUGCAGAAAGAUGCCUGAAAAUGGCCUCCCAGUUCUGCCAUUGCCUCCAGUAACAGGUAGGCUUCUAAUACUUAGCAUGACAGAGUAAUCUUGUAUGUGCAUGUGCCUGCUAGUGAGUGAGCGUUUGUGUGUGUCAGUGAGCUUGUCUGUAGUGAGCGUGUGUGUGUGGGUCAGUGAACUUGUCUGUGGUGAGCUUGUCUUGUCAUUAAUAAACUCAGCCAUGGAGUCUGGUUCAGCCGCGGUGAAACUGGCACGGCGUUGGAAAACAGGCUUGUAAAAACACCUUUCUCAGGUAAUCAGAGGAGGCAGGUACCUAAAGAUACACUCACUGACAGGCACACAAUAUCUGACUGUGUGACACACACACACACAUACACAUUCUGACAAACAUACACUGACAGGCACACACACACAUUUUCUCACAUACUCACAAAUUGCUAUUUUUAUUUUAAUUUAAAUCCACCCAGCCUCUGUACCUUUGGGAGAAUUGAGUGGAUCUUUCCCUGGCGUCCAGUGGGGCUCCUCUCUAAUCUUCCUGCAGUUUCUCUCUGCUCCCCUGUGCUUUCUGUAGUGAUACCGCAUCCGGAGUGAAGACAUGUUACUAAACAGCGCGCAAGGGACUAGAGUGGAACUGCAUGAAGGUUACUGCUCCCUGUGGCUGGCCUCAAAGCGGCCGGCUUCAGUGUUUCCUGCGCGGCUUAGCAGAGAGCUGACAAAUCCCAGAUGCCAGGGAGACCUUUCUUGUCACCAUGGAGCCCUGUGUAUAUACAUAUAUGUAUACACACACAUACACACUUUUUAUAACUGCCCUCUACCCCUCCACCCAAAUAUGAAUCCUGCAGACGCCACUCCAGUGAGGAGCCUGAACCAAAGUUGGGAGGUGGGAUACCAUGGGGAGGUUUAAAUACCCUGUUUGAUUUCCACCAACUAAUACCCUUUUUAGAACUACUGUGGAAAACACAAAUGUCCUAUUUCAUAAAACGAUGCAAUCCCCUUCGGUGCGCUCCAAUUGCUAUAAGAUUUCCCACCUCAACGAAAGUAUGUGUAAUCCCCAUCCCCCUUUUUUUUUUUUUCCCUCCACCUUCUGUUGUACCCGAUGAUAUGUUUUAGCUACUGAUUGUAUGGAUAUUUUUGGGUUUGUUAAAUAUUAACUAGACUUGUAUUGAUAAUUGAUUCUUGAGCCGGACAUUUAAAUUUCAAUAAUAAUUGAUUCACAAAAAAGUGUUUAUUUGUUAUCAGAUGUUAUACUGGGGGGUGGGGCAGACAGAAGCCUAGGAGGUGCUACUUCCUGGUUGUUCAGCUCCAUGGAGUUAAACUCAAAGGCAGGUACUUGCGCAGAGCACCUGCCUUUGAAAUACUUCUCAUUGAGCUGUGAUACAGGUCAUGGAAAUUCUGGAAACCAGAAAAUCUGUGCCCGGCAGGAAGGGGAAAGCUUGAAAUUGACUCCCAUAGAGAACAUGCAAAACAAAUGUACACACAUUUUCCUUGGGAUAUAUGUACUAAACUGUUAAACAAUUGUAUUUUUUUUAAAUGAAGUGUUCCUUUAAUUCACUGAAAAUUUAUCUUCUUCAGAUCAGUUUACAGAUGUCUGUUGAUUAGUGCAGUUUUACCGUUUAUUUCUUUUACCCUAUAACUUUGCAGAUGGUGGAGACAUUUACUGCUGGGGAUGGAAUGAGUCUGGGCAACUUGGUCUGCCUUCCAAAACAUUGGCUCAAGAACGUAAGCAUAUUUCCCAUACAAUUUCUGUAUUGAUUUGGCUCUCAGUGAAAAUUAAUAGAGACUCAAUCUACUAGUACAUUUUGAUUUGUUUCAAAUUAGGAGGGAAUGUAGAAGAGACAGUAAAUGAGGAUGAAGAUGCUGAAGCCGGACAGUUUAUUACAAUACAGUCUUUUCCUGCUUUGAUUGAUCUACCACAAGAAUGUGAAGCAUUGAAGAUCAGCUGUGGGUCCCGCCAUACAGCAUCUGUCACAAGUGAGUGCAAAUAAUGGGGAGAUGCAUUCUAAUGAUCAUUGCACUAUCAAUGAAAGAAAACAUUAAUUUCUAAGAAACCUUGUGUUUGGAUUUUGCCUCAUUGUGUUUGUUCUGUCGUGUUUGCUACUUGGUGUUAAAGAUUGUCAUCGGUACUGUGACAGACCGUCUGGAACCCCUCCGUCAGUCGAUGCUCCUAGUGCUCACCAAGGACUCUAAGCACUCCACCAGACACAAUCAGCACUAUAGACUCCCACAAACCGCCACAGCUUGGUAGGGGAUCUCGCCGACCUUCACCCACCAUGGACCCAAGACCAGGAUCCAGCUUCCAGUGGGUGAACCUCUCCUACUCCAGAGAGCGUAGCAGGAACAGCUCUUAUAAGAGCUAGUGAUUAUAACCCAGGGGCGUAUGAGUAUAGCAAUCCCCAGUGUGAGGGUGAAGAGGAACUGGUUUAAUGGUAGCCACACUGGCCUUUGCCCAUAUGAACCUUGUUGGGAACUCCAAUAAGAAGAGUGAUUAAAUGCAUGACACUCCCAUAACAAGCAUACAAUCCCUCCUCUCUGCCUGGGAGAUAAUUGAGUCAGAUACUGUAUCAAUUCAAUUAUCUCCAGGCAAAAGAAACACAUAUUUCUAAAAAAAAAGUCCCAAAACACAUAAUAUUACAACAAAUGUUACAUCCCCUGAUAGCCCUGAUCUGGGUGACCAACUUAUCCAAAAAUCACCCAGAUCAGUUCAGGGGUUCAGAAAUUUUAUGGAAGUCAUAGUUUUUACCGACCGCAGGCAUGGUCCCAUAGCUGAAAACAGUUCCACAGAAUCGCGGCUAAGUGCCGCUGGAGAACCGACCGGGAACCGCAAAGUUUUCAUGCUGAAAAUAGUUCCAGGGCAUUUGCGGCUAAGUCCCCCUGAGGUCUAUUCUCGGUUUUGGUCCAUGCGACAAGAUGGCCGCCACCUCGUGGUCGUCCAUAGGAAUUGCGGCCACCCAAACGAACACUUGGACCACUGAGGUGGAAAUUGCAACAAUGUAUCAAUUAAGCUUAACAAGCUCCAACGUGGUCUCCGGUUCAUGCGAAUGCUCAGUUACCGAAACAUAUAAUUCAAAUAGACAAACUGAGACUUUUAUAUCACAGUUUACAUGGUCCAUAGUCUGAGGACAGGAGGCUGGCAAGCAGGCCCCUCCAAGGACUUGUGGCAAACUCACAGGAAAAGGGGAGUUAGUCACAGGUACCUUCAAUAGAGAACAACAGGAGACGCUUGCAAAAUUGUGGUGCUAGAUUUCAUAUUCCACAUCUACACCAGAUAUAUUCUAGUUAAUGUGCCCCGAAAGAUUUUAUAACAUUUUUAUAAUGGUCUUGGGUCCAUGGUGGGUGAAGGUCGGCGAGAUCCCCUACCAAGCUGUGGCGGUUUGUGGGAGUCUAUAGUGCUGAUUGUGUCUGGUGGAGUGCUUAUAUAUAUAAAUUUAUAUAUAUAAAUUUAGAAAUGUUUAAAUAUUGGUAUGUACAUUUGCAGAUUGAUGCCAUUUGAUACAGCAGUCUUAGCACUUACCCAAGUCAGUCACCAGCUAAUGGACUCAUUUUUGUAGUAGAAAAGUGUGUAAUUAGUACAGGAAGCUUUGUUUAGUUAUUUCAGUCGAUUCCAUAUAAAAGGUCUUUGAGUGCAAGUUGCAGGAGUGAUAGUCCGUGACCAGCGCUGCAUGUGAGCUUCUCAUUAUGCAUUGUGACCGCAUGGCACUGGGUAUUUGUAGAAAAUGUACCUUUAAGAUUUUCCUAUUUCAUUCUCCUACUUAAAUACAUUGUUUUUGUAAGCUCUUCCUGUUUUAAAAAAAAAUGAAAAAAAAUCAUACACUAAUUCAGUGGCUCUUCAUCCAUGUGUAUGUACAGCAGAAUACCUUCAAUUCUAGAAUAAUGUAUGAUGCUAUAGAAUAUACCUUUUUAGAAUCUUAUUUUAAAUUAGGGGAGUGUACCUUGCUUUCACUAUCAGUGCUUUAAGCCCUCUUUCUAAAUAAUGUGAAACUGGACUGUUUGCUGAACUUGGCCAUCAAUCAAGUUCUGCAGGUGAAGUUGGUAACCAUUUUGGAAGUGCUGCCUACUCGUGGUACCUGUUACUUAUUAAGGUUUCUUCAGGAUGUGUUUGUCAUUUGUACAUUAUGGUUUACAAUGAUUAAGAAAUUAUCUAACCAAUGUUUUAUGGAAACAAAGGUUCUUGUGCCAAAUUAUUUAUUUAUUUUUCAGGGUCUGGUGAACUGUAUACAUGGGGAUGGGGUAAGUAAAUAGCUUUUAUACGGAUUUAUAUAACGUUUGUUUGACAUUAUUAAAAAUGUUUUUUACAAUCUAUAUAUUCUGGGAUGGAACUGUGACUUGAUCAUGUUGACUUUUUUUACUUGACUUAAACUGCAUACAAAUCCAUAUAUUUGCAACUUCCUCAGCAACUAGACAUUUUAUAUAGGUUUACCAUAUCCAACUAUGUUUUGCAGAGACACAUCAUUUUAUAAAAACAUAUCAAAAGGGUUACCCUGCAGCAUGUAUAAUGCAUAUUCUGCAGAAUUCUUCAUUGCUUAAUUACUUAAAGGACCACUUCAACUCAAUGAAGUGAUCUGGGUGCCAGGUCCCUCUAGUUUUAACCCUGCAGCUGAAAACAUAGCAUUGAGUAAUGCUUUCCUAUUGGCAGUUUGAAAGUGUGCGCGGCUCCACUCGGGAGCUGACGUCGGAGGGGAGGAGAGGAAACCAACGCCGAGGGAGCCAGGCGCUGCAUUAAAGUAAGUGGCUGAAGGGGGGGCCACGAGGGAGGGAACCUAAUAACCCUAUACUUGCCAGGAAAAUGGGUUUGUGUUCCUGGCACUAUAGUGCUUCUUUAAUCUUAUACAUCUUCUGAAUUCUGCCUAUUAUAGGGCAACCCUUUUCCAGUACUGCUCAUCAAUAUGUAUACGUGAUGUGUAUCCCUGAACGCAUUGUGGAUAUGGUAAUCCUAAUUAUAUAAUAAUAUACGUUGUCAUAGUUUAAAUCAUUUGGGAGCUACUAUAUAACUAUUUACCUGCUUCCUCUCACUCCAGCAUCUUAAGGGGUUGGUGUGUAUGUUACAGUGCUGUAACACCCACUCUCUGUUGGCACUCCUGCUGACAGAAAGUUUUUCAAGCAAAGUAAUCCUCAGUUGCUGCUUCCACUGCCAGAACAAUGGGUCAGUCCUGCAUGAAACGGGGCUUAAGUUAAGGAUAGCAUCAAAGGGAUUCUGUAGUGUUAGGAAUACAAGCAUGUAUUCUUAGAAUCCAGGAAGUGCCGCCGGUGGCUGUCUGAUAGUUGUUUUACAUUGCAGGACUAAGUGAGAUAGGGAUACUGCACGCAGACAGCUUUAAUGAGAUGUUUGGGUGCCAAUAGUGUCCCUUAAAAUGAAAAUAACUUGGAAACCAUUAUAGAUAAACUCAGCACUAUAUAACGCUGGUCUGUCAUUGCAAAUGCUUGAUAAGGUGCGGUCACAGGGUAUUGAUUCAUAUGAUCACAAUAUAAUUUUGACCAUUUAUAAAUCAAUGGCAGUUAUGUCGUGCUAUUUUGGACAUCAGUUUUAAAGAAAGAUAUUGCAGAACCAGGAGCAUUAUAGUGCCAAAUAGGGCAUAUUACACAGAAAAGACACUCCCUCCAAAGGAAUGGAGUAACCCUUUCAAGUGAAAGCAGCAUCAUGCUUGAGAAAUGGCACUAUUUAAAUUUUACAAUUUACACAAAUCAAACCAGAUGGCAGCUACGAAACUAACAUGCUGUUGGUGAUGCACUGAGUGGCUCCUAUCACCUAGUGCUGGAACACAGUGUAGUAUGAGAAAGGAAAGAGAUAUAAAGAAACAGACUACUUUGUCUGCAUUUCUCCCCCACCUGAUUAUCUUAGCACCAGGACAAAGUCUGAGAGUCAGUCCUGACAACAGGCACCAGUGACAGUUGCAUGGAAUUGUCUGUGCAACACAAAUAAUAAUAAAAAAUAAAAAAAACUACACAAACACACACACACAAAAAAUAAUGGCAUUACCUGCACAUCGGCAAUAUCAUAGUUGUGUGAAUUUGCUAAAUUGGCAAAGUCCCCAGACAGUGACAGUGCUGCUUUAAGAGAUGUAGACAGGCAUGAAAUCCUAAUGACUGGUAAAGUCCAGAAACAGAUAGAAACGUAUGCAGCACUAUAGAAGUGUAGAAGGGAUAUUAGAAAUGCUAGAGAGGAAAAAAAUGCCUCUGGAUCUCCAUCAGUUAUAAAAAAAGGCCUGGUUUUGUUUUUUCGUAGAGAGCAGACAUUUUGUCUUGAAAUUCUGAUGUGAAUCUGGCUAAAUGGAAAACCUUAACUUCAUAUCAAUGCUGAAAGCAUUUGACACUCUUAGCCUAUCACUAGCUAACCAUUCAAAAGGGGCAAGGUGGAUAGGAGCCAUCUUUACAACUUUGCGGUUAAACAGUUUGCAAAUGACUUAACCCCUUAAAAGGGACACUAUAGUCACCAGCACAACUACAGCUUAAUGUAGUUACACUGUAUACAGGAAAGGACGCAGGACCUUUGCGGCAAACACUGUUUUUCCAGAGAAAAGGCAGUGUUUACAUUGACAGUCAUGCAGGUGGCCAUCAGAAGUGCUACCUGGGUCAGUGAUGAACAAUGUGCCAAACACUCCUCUGCCUCCAGCCGGGCAGAGUGUCCCUUUAAGUAAAGCGGGUGGUGCUAUACCCACACUCCAGUGUAGCAAUCCCUAGCUAUUCAUACAAAUCACUUCGCACAGCAAAGUUCCAAUAAAUGUUGUCUUACUUUACAAUAGCUUUUUUUUUUUUUCGUUUAGGAAGAUAUGGACAACUUGGUCAUGGAGACACAAACACCUUGGAUCAACCAAAGUGUCUUGAAUAUUUUUCUAAGAACCAGCUUUGUGCAAAAGAUGUGACUUGUAAAUACUGGAAUACAUAUGUCUUGUGCGAUUAAUAAAUAAUUAAGGUAAUUUAAUCCAAUAUGGUGAAUAAUUUGC